GAAUUUCUCGCGCGAUAACCAAAUUUCCCUGGGAAUUCUUUUUUCCCCCUGCACUGUGUGAGCCGUUGGACCCUCUCUGGCCUCUACGACGCUGGACAAGACCUUAAGUGGUAUUUUUGACUAAUUGCGCCUUGAGUGACCCGACAAAUUGUCUCAAGAGCAUCCAUCAUGACCUGGCAGUUAAGACUCGUGCGGGCAUCUCCGCUGCGAUGCUCACUUUCCCGGCCGAAUGGCCCGUGGCCUAUCCCGCGGGCGUCUUACAGCAGCACAAGGUUCCCCGCCGGGGCUAUCAGGCCUUCUUCAGACUCCGCGAUGGCGACUCAGACUACAGUGUCCUACUCUACUACACGCACCUUGUCCACCCCGGGCCGUUGCCUGAACCCUGAUAACAUCAACCCCCACGUUAAGGAGGCCAAGUAUGCCGUUCGUGGUGAGCUUGCCGUUAAGGCCGAGGAGUACCGUGUGAAACUGGCCAAUGGAGAUAAAUCGUUACCUUUCGACAGUGUCAUCUUUGCCAACAUCGGCAACCCCCAACAGCUCGACCAGAAACCCAUCACCUUCUUCCGCCAAGUACUCAGUCUCCUCGAGAACCCUCAGCUGUUGAACAACACGGAAGCACUUCGUACAUCCUUUGGUUAUGAACAAGAUGUCGUUGACCGGGCCAAGAAGCUCCUCGCAGGUGUCCAGAGUGUUGGUGCUUACAGUCACAGCCAGGGAGCGCCCGUGAUCCGCCAAAGCGUCGCCAAAUUCAUUGAGGAGCGUGAUGGAUUCCCGGCCAAUCCUCAGGAUUUGUUCUGCUGCGCUGGUGCCUCGUCUGGCGUCAGCACCAUUCUCAAUGUCAUCUGCAACGGCCCCCAGGCCGGUGUCCUCGUCCCUAUUCCGCAAUACCCUCUUUACACUGCCACCCUUGCUCUCCUGAACGCGCAAUGUGUACCCUACCUCCUCGAAGAGCAGAAGGCUUGGGGUACCGAUGUGACUGCCAUCCGUAACUCGUUGGCACAGGCCCGGUCUGCCGGCACUGACGUUCGUUCGAUUGUGGUCAUCAACCCUGGUAACCCUACUGGUGCCUCUUUGAGCGCCGAUGAUAUCAAGAAUGUUCUUGACCUUGCUGCGGAGGAGAAGCUUGUCGUUAUUGCGGACGAGGUCUACCAGACGAACGUCUUCGAGGGCGAGUUCAUCUCGUUCAAGAAGAGGCUUCGUCAGCUGCAACAGGAGGCCCCAGGCAAGUAUGACUAUGUGGAGUUGGUCUCUCUGCACAGUGUGUCUAAGGGCAUGGUGGGCGAGUGUGGUCAGCGUGGUGGCUACUUUGAGUUGGUUGGAUUCGACCCUGAGGUUCAGGCCCAGAUCUACAAGCUUGUGAGCAUCGGACUUUGCCCACCAGUCAUUGGACAGUGUUUGCUUGAGCUUAUGGUGAACCCACCCAAGGAGGGCGAAGGCAGCCAUGAGCUGUACCAGAAGGAGUACAAUGGAAUCCGCGAGGGACUGCACAAGCGCGCCCUUGCUUUGUACAAGGCCUUCCAACAGAUGGAAGGCGUUGAGUGUCAGGAACCUCAGGGUGCCAUGUAUCUCUUCCCCACCAUCACCCUCCCACCCAAGGCUAUUGAGGCUGCUAAGGCUGAGAAUCGUGCCGCCGACGAGUUCUACUGCCUGCGUCUUCUCGACGCUACCGGUGUUUGUGUUGUCCCUGGCUCCGGCUUCGGCCAGAAGGAGAACACCCUGCACUUCCGCACAACUUUCUUGGCCCCUGGUACUGACUGGGUUGAACGGAUCGUCAAGUUCCACUCCGAGUUUAUGGCCAAGUAUAAAUAAAUGAAUAGAGCUAACAUGUACACAUAUGAUUCACGUGAUACCUGUUGAGAAUAUAGAGCAUUAUACCUCCGCCAUAUCCAUGGCGCUACUCACACUGAAAGAACAAAAUUGAAUCCACUCAGAUAUCUUUAGA